UCGAGAUAACAUCGAGUUUUUCCGUUAACAGACCAAAUAUGCUUAGUCCUGUUGAUAAUGCUAUUAGUAGGGAAUCAAUUUCUGUGGUGGAUAUUUCUUAUCGGUUCGAUUUUGCGAUGUCAAAGUGCUCGUAUACUGGGAGUUUUCCCCAUGACGGGCCGGAGUCAUUAUAUUUUGGAAAGCGCCCUCAUGAAAACGUUAGCAGAUGCGGGACAUGAUGUAACCAUAGUGAGUCCCUACGCCGAAAAUUACGUACCCAGAAAUGGUAGUUACAGGGAAAUAUUGCUAACGGGAUUUUUGGAGGCAUAUGCAGAGAAGAGAAAAGCCAUCAAUUUAUUCGACAGUCCCCGACUGAACGCCAUUAAAGCAAUAUACUUGGUUAAUAAAAUUGGUUUAACACUUACGCAGAAUACGUUGGCCCAUGAAAACGUUCAAAAGCUAAUCGAAUCGAAAGAAAAGUUUGAUGCAGUCAUAGUAGGGCAGUUUAUGAACGAUGCGUUGAAAGGUCUAGCUCAUUAUUUCGGCGGCCAUUUAAUUUUAUUCAGCUCAGUCGGCUCCAGUACUUGGGUUAACCAUCUGGUCGGUAACCCUUCUUUGCCGUCCUAUACUCCCGAGAUCUUAAUGAGCUUUCCAGCGAAAAUGACGUAUUCCCAAAGGUUUAGAAAUACAUUGUUCAAUACUGCAUUCAACAUAAUUCAGAUAUUAAUAUUUCAUCCGAAACAGAACGAAAUAUUGCAUAAAUAUGUGCCGAAUUCUACAGACUUGGAUGACGCCUUGUACAACGUGUCCCUGGUGUUGCUCAAUUCUCACGAAAGCGUAUCUUAUCCGUCAUCGACCGUCCCAUGUAUGGUGCAUAUCGGAGGAUUUCACAUUAAGCCGUUAAACACACUUCCGCAAAGCCUGCAGGAUUAUUUGGAUAACUCUGUCAACGGUGCCAUAUACUUCAGUUUGGGUUCAAACGUAAACAGUAAGGACAUGCCAGCUGAUAAAAAGAACGCGUUCUUGAAUGUGUUUAAGCGACUUAAGCUAAAUGUUCUUUGGAAAUAUGAGGAAGAUUCUUUAGAGGAUUGGCCGAAAAAUAUUAAAACUGCGGAAUGGUUUCCUCAACAGGAAAUUUUGGCACAUCCCAACGUCAAGUUAUUUAUCACCCAUGGUGGGUAUUCCAGCACGAUUGAAGCGGUAUUCUACGGCAUACCCGUCAUCGCAAUUCCAAUAUACGGCGACCAGAAAAUGAACGCCGUUUAUGCGGAGACCGGAAAUUUUGGACUGUCCUUAAACUGGCAUGACAUAACGGAAGAAAAUUUGUAUUCGAGAAUACAGGAAAUUGUGAAUGUACCGAAAUACAAAGAAAAUGCCAAAAAACGAUCGCAAUUGAUGAGAGAUCGGGAGAUUCACCCUAUGGAUCGCGCCAUCUACUGGAUUGAAUACGUAAUAAAAUACGAUGGAGCCUACCAUCUGAGAGUUGCGUCUUUAGAACUAAGUUGGUUUCAGUAUUAUUUGUUAGAUGUGUACGGACUUAUUUUUUUAUUUAUAUUUGUUAUUUGUCUAGUUCUUAGAAAGUUGUUUGUAUUAUUGUUCUGCCGAAAAAGGAAUGCACUUCAAAAAUUAAAAGUUAAAUAAUAAAAAAAUGUUUACCACUAAACAGAUUAAAAAAAAAAGUUUUAUUAGUAUUAAAUGAUGAUGAAAGAAAAACCUGAUACGCAAUCAAUGUUAAUUUAUAAAAGGUUGGUUUUAUAUGGUAUGUAUGCAAUUUUUAUUUAGAAAAGAAUAUUUUAAUAAAGAGAAUCUAAUUAUUUAAAAAAGUUCACUUCUCGCGAGGUUCUGUUAAACCGACUUCUAUAAAAUUUGUUUAUUUGCAAUGCGUUUUACUAAUAUUUCUAAACUAACAAAGCAAAUGUUUAUCUUUGUGUAAGAGUGGGAGAAAGCUGAGUUCUACUUCAGUGUAUAGUAAGUAGCUGAUAUACUGAUACCUAUAGUUUAGUUUAAGCAAUUAAGCAAUGAAUUUCUUUUCAUUCUUCUUCUCUACUUCGUCUGUUAACCAUAUUUUUUUCAAAAUUUGUUUUUCUUGGUAACUAACCUGUGUUAAACUGUAAUGUAAUGCCAUAUUCUAUGGUUUUUGAGUCCCAGAUUAGCUAUGUGCUUUCUACAGAUUAUGGUCUUUCUAAGGAUUGUCCGAAUGAACUGCUAUUACGGAAAUUGAGUGAAUGUUUUUCCAGAUGCAUCUAGAGGAAAUGAAAAUAGAGUAGAAAUAUGAGUAUUUAUCCCACAUUUUAAGAUUAAAUCAGGGUUGAUGUUGAACAGCUAUAUUAACAUUUUAUGGCUAAAACGGCGGCAAUUAAUCAUGGACUACAAUAAACAUGAACUUAUAAAUUAAGAACAUAAAAAUAGAUUAAAAGUCCUGUUUCACCCUAUUUUUCUUUGCUAGGUUCCGAACCAUGCUGGUAUAGAAACACGAACACGAACGGAGCUGUUAAAGACAAUCUAUGAAUUUCCUUGUAUUUAAAAUGGAAAAGGAUGGGUUUUUACAAAGGAAAAAUUUAUUAAAGCUUCAAUCAGGAUCUGAUCCGAUCCGAUUAAACCCUGGUUUCGUGUGUCGAAUCUCACUAGAAAACAAAAUAACUACUGUGUGUAGAUUAAGGAGCAACCACUGCUAUUACUGGCCUAUCUGUACCAGAAGUAGGAAAUUUCCAUUUUCAGUUAUUUGGUUGUGUGAGGCAUUGGAAUUACUCUCAAUCCCUUAAUAGAGUUCUGAUUAAUGCUUUUGUCCCUCCCUUAAUUCUUUACCUUUUGCUUUAUAUUCCCCAUGUAAUUUGAAGAUUACUGCUAAAGCAAUUCUAGCUUCUCAAAACUUUCUAAGUGCUUUGAGCUUGUAGCUUUUGAUAUAAAUCAACUAAACUAAAACUAUAAUUUUACUGGCACAUUAUUAUUGUUCUUAGGACUUAAGGAAGAUGCUUAGUAGAUCGAAUAAAAGCAAGGAAGAAUAAAAAAAUAUACUACGGUUUUAGUUUAACCUUGAGACCGAUACGAAUGCUAUUGGAUGAAUAAAAUAAGCUGUUACUGUUACUGCAAAUUUUGAACCGAUGCCUAUAAAUUUGAAUUUAUUUGGCAAUAUUUUGCAAAUGAUUUUUGUGAUAGUUCUAUGUAUGCUCUGUACCUAUUACCGCAACACGAGGUUACUGUUUACUUAAUUUGAGCAAUGAUUAUUUUUAUAUAUAAUCUGUAGAGAGAUCAACUGUCACUCAACUGUUACUCAUAGUUAGCCAGUGAGAUGUGCGAAGUAGCACUAAGCUUUCUAAAAAAUUGGAGCAAUCACAAAGUGAUCCCACAGCAAUAACUGAAAACUUCAUAUAUUAUAAUUAUCUUAUUAUUAAUCUGGCAAUGGUAUAGUCUGCAUGGUCAUGCUAUUAACGUUUUUAUCUGCCCUUAGGCAUUUUUGGGCCAAUAAAUCAAAUCGGCCCAGGAUAGUAAUGAUAAAAC